CCGUGGAUAUUGAAUCAACUAACUUAACCGUUUUGCAAUAAAAUAAAGUCCCGUUUGUUAGUAGCUUGAAGGAAAACAUGGCGGGUGUCAUCGCUAGAUGCACUCAACUUCCAAGGAGACAAUUAGGUCUCCUAGGAGCAGUUCUUACUAAUCAACAACAGAAGAACUAUACCAAUGCUGUACCAGAAGGAAAGAAAGUUGGAGGUAAUCUAUCAGACGAGGACAGGAUCUUCACCAACCUCUAUGGUCGACAUGACUGGAGAUUGAAGGGAUCAUUACAGCGUGGUGAUUGGUACAAGACAAAAGAGAUUUUGGACAAGGGUGCAGACUGGAUAAUAAAUGAGAUCAAAGUAUCAGGUCUGCGAGGUCGUGGAGGUGCAGGUUUUCCCUCAGGAAUGAAAUGGUCUUUUAUGAACAAACCCUCUGAUGGAAGGCCAAAAUAUCUAGUGGUAAAUGCAGACGAAGGUGAACCAGGAACAUGUAAGGACCGAGAAAUUCUCCGCCAUGAUCCCCACAAGCUAGUAGAAGGGUGUUUGAUAGCUGGAAGAGCAAUGGGUGCUUGUGCAGCAUAUAUUUAUAUCAGGGGCGAGUUUUACAACGAGGCAUCAAACCUUCAAGUCGCAAUCGCUGAAGCUUACCAAGGUGGACUCAUUGGAAAAAACGCCUGUGGAUCCGGCUAUGAUUUUGAUAUUUUUGUGCAACGAGGAGCUGGUGCCUACAUUUGUGGGGAGGAAACUGCAUUAAUCGAAUCUAUUGAAGGAAAGCAAGGAAAGCCCAGACUCAAGCCUCCUUUCCCUGCUGAUGUCGGACUCUUUGGAUGCCCCACAACCGUCACCAAUGUUGAGACUGUAGCUGUCUCACCGACUAUCUGUCGUCGAGGUGGAACAUGGUUUGCAUCUUUUGGACGUCCACGUAACAGCGGUACAAAAUUGUACAAUAUAUCUGGACAUGUAAAUAAGCCUUGUACGGUUGAGGAAGAAAUGUCUGUGCCGCUUAAAGAGUUGAUAGAAAAACAUGCAGGGGGAGUAAUCGGAGGAUGGGAUAAUUUGUUAGGUGUCAUUCCAGGGGGAUCAUCGACGCCGAUCAUACCCAAGACGGUCUGCGAUGAGGUCCUCAUGGAUUUCGACGACCUAGUAAGGGUACAAAGUUCUUUUGGUACCGCCGCCGUUAUUGUAAUGAACAAACAGACAGAUGUUAUCAAGGCCAUAGCUCGUUUAAUAAGUUUUUACAAACACGAGUCAUGCGGACAGUGCACACCAUGUAGAGAGGGUAUUAACUGGAUGCACAAAAUAAUGUGGAGAUUUGUCGAGGGAAAUGCAGAGGAGCACGAGAUUGACAUGUUAUGGGAGAUCAGCAAGCAGAUCGAACUGCAUACAAUCUGUGCUUUGGGAGAUGGUGCUGCGUGGCCUGUUCAAGGUUUAAUCCGACAUUUCAGACCUGAAAUCGAAAGUCGCAUACAAAAGUUCAAAUGUGCAGCAUCCAAUUAAUUAAAUGAGCUAUCGCUUCAUUUACGCUCUAGAUGAUUUUUAUUUAUUUUUUUUUCCUCCUGUGAAAAGUAAAGAUAGAAUUAAAGCUGAAAAAAGUCAUGUAUUUAUCCAACAAGGAUUUCGGUCUGGUAGAACAAAACAAGCACGCUGGAAUGCCAAUAGUGGCGACUGCUGUGCAGUUUUACCUGGCAUGUAAUGAGUAAUAAUUAUGAUCAUGAUGAAUAAUAAUAAAAAUAAACUCUAGAUAAAAAUUAAAAAAAAAAAAAAA